UCAACCUAUGUUAACUCUCCACCUGCGUUUCGAUUUGAUGAUGACAUUUGUAUAAUAUCCACAUCUAUAAAUACGGAUAACUGGAUCGCACACUCAGUACUGGUGCAUUUGCUUGAGACACCAACAGAUAGAAUAUUGCUACAAAAACUUGGUGCAUGGAAAAAUCAAACAGCAGCACAGGCGGUUCUGCCUCUUCUAGCUACAGAGGAGUGCGCAAGAGAAAAUGGGGGAAAUGGGUGUCUGAAAUUCGUGAGCCUGGCACGAAAACCAGAAUUUGGUUGGGGAGCUUUGAGACACCCGAAAUGGCUGCUGCUGCUUAUGAUACAGCUGCGUUUUACUUCAGAGGACGUGAUGCACGGCUCAACUUUCCAGAACUGGCCAAUAACCUUCCACGCCCAGUAAGCUCAGAUGCUGAAGACAUUCGCAUGGCCGCUCACGAGGCUGCCUUAUGGAUUAAAGACCGUGCUGGGACGGCUGAGGUUGGAGGGUCUAGCUCAAACCUGGCGCCGCUCACGGUGAGGCUCUCGCCUAGCCAAAUCGAGGCCAUUAACGAGUUCCCGUUGGACUCGCCGAAGAUGUGGAUGCAAAUGGCAGCGGAAGAAUCCAUGGCCUUCUCUUUGGACAUUGAUGGGGAGAAUGAAUGGGAAGACUUCCAGAAUGAUUCUCUUUGGGACCCUUAGAUACAUGAAGCAUGUCUAGUACCAUUCAAAUUCUGCAAAUCGAGAGGACUUUGAUCUACGACAUCGGAUUUCUUGAAGAUUUAUAAGGAUUCAGUAGUACCGUUUAAUGGAAUAGUACGUACGUACGUAGGAGCAGAAGACCAAACAGAGAUUUUUCUGGCGGGUCCCAUUUGACAUCAGAGGAGCUAGCUAGGAUCAGUUGGUUAAUUAUAUAUAUAUAUAUAUAUAUAUAUAUAUAUAUUUUUUAUAGAUUCAUAAGAGUUUUCUAGUGGCUGAAAUUUAUGUGUUGUGAGAUCAUGAGGCCCACAAUCUCACACGUUUGAAUAAUAAUAUUUGAUGUAUAAAUAUUUUAAUAAAAUUACUCGAUAUAUGCAGUGUAUAAAA